AUGAAUCCGACAUCUCCAGUUGUCGAUCAGGAGAAUAUGGCGAGAUAUGAUGACACACAAAUUUGCAGUCCAUUCCUAUCCGAGUCGCAACCGAACCUCACCGGGGACACAAAUGAGUCCAGUGAGAUUGACUUGGUCAAACCCGCAUCCAUUCCCUCCGAGUUACAUUUGACUUCGGAAAUGCUAGAUAGUCCCUAUUUUCCAACUUCACUAUCCAGUGUACUAUUAUACCCCAAUUCGGAUCUAACCCUGACUGGACAUCUAUCCAACAUUCUCAACGAAUUAAAAAUAAAUGAUACAGGAUUGGAAGCAGGUUGUAAGGAGCCCAGGUCGCCAGAUCUGACAAGUGCUUCCAGCUCUGACGAAGUCGAAUCGUUGAACGAGCCGACCUCUUUACCUCGAGCUGAUCUGCCCAUCCCAGAUACUCUUUCGACACUGGAGCGGAAUCUAAUACAACCGCUGAUAGGUCAGUCCCGACUAUCCGGGUUGAAUCAACUCCCAUCAGAUGGAUCACAAAAUCGGAAACCAGAAUAUAAAGAAAUUACGGCAAUUGUGGAGUCUUAUCCACCGGACUCGCACGAGGAUAGUUUCAAAACGUUAGAAAUUAUUCAACCGUUGAUUGAAAAUCGACCCAAGUCGGGCACUGUGCCUAACUCCAGCGUGCAGAAGUUGCUGAAAAAUCGCGCACUAACUGUGUUCAGUUUUGCUCCUCUGCAACCCGCUGCGAAUCCACUGAUCGCACGUAAAGUCUAUUUGAAUCAUAUAACGGGUGGUGCUUUGUGGACUUUUCAGCGCCCGCCAAUCAGUUUGCCACAUUCAUCUAGUCACAGUGGAAUUGCUUUGGAGACUGAUUGGUUUUCAGAUGACGAUCGGCAGGUAUGGGGCACGGGAUCAUAUUAUGUGCCAUCUACUAGCACCACCGCGGAUUACGAGAAUGUGGAGAACUGGCCUUGGCCACUUAAAAAACAAUCAUUUGCUUACAAAAUCAUCCGAAAAUCUUUGGACCCUUACCAAAAAGAGCAAUUCCGUUUUAUCACAAAGAAAGCAUAUGUGAUAUCUGUUUAA